AUGAGAGGACACAAUCUUUAUGGCCAUCUAAAUGGGACUAUCUCUGCUUCUGUUGAGACCACCAACAACAACAACCUCACAUUUGCCAACCCCGAUUAUGUUAAUUGGUUUUGUCACGACCAGUUAAUCCAAAACGCAAUUUUAGCAUCAGUAGAUCCCACUCUUUCUGCCAUUGUAGCCGCUGCAACCACAGCCAAAGCAGUCUGGGGUUCCCUCCAUAUGACAUAUGCAAAUAAGUCACAAACCUGCAUAUUCAGCUUGCGAGAUUGCCUCGAUCAUCUCAGGAAAGAGAGUCUCCUUAUUCUCACUGGUCUUGGACCAGAAUAUCACGAAAUCUCUGCAGUGAUUCGAGCACGUGACACCCCAAUUUCAUAUGCUAAACUGUUUGAAAAGCUUAGCAAUCAUAAGCUUUUCCUCAAACACAAUGAUCCGCCUCAAUCCACUAUAAUUACUGUUGUUGUUUUUCAAAAGUCGAGCUCUCAAAUGUGGACUAGAGCCACCAACACUAAUAGGCGUUCAAACAACUACCAGCAACGUUCUCCCAAAUUCAGAUGUUCUCCCACCCUCCUCUGCAAUUCAAUCCAAUUGAAUUCCCCUAAAACCAGAAAUCUCUCUCCCGUUUUACAAACUGAAACCCCAAUUCAUCUUAUCUCUCACAAAUUCUACUUAUCUUUUCUUUCUAUGACUCUUUCUUUUCCUCUUACUUCCUUUGCCUCCUCUGAAACUACAAUACCCACUUCAACUAAACUCAACUUAGAAGCAAUAUUGGUCUCUAUUGAUGAUUUUUUCACCAAGUAUCCAUUCUUUGUUGCUGGGGUUUCCUUUAUCUGGCUUGUUGUUAUACCAUUAGCAGAAGAGUACUUGCAAAAGUAUAAGUUCAUCUCUGCCGUUGAUGCAUUUGCAAAGCUUCGUGAUGACCCCACUUCCCAACUUUUAGAUAUUCGUGAUAACAAGAGCUUAGCUUAUUUGCCUUCUCCCAGUUUGAGAAUGUUUAAUAAGAGUGAGAUGCAGGUUGAGUUCCGCCAAGGAGAUGAAGAUGCCUUUGUCAAGAGUGUCUUUCAGAAAUUCAACGACCCACAAAAUACUACGCUUUGUGUUAUAGACAAUUUUGAUGGGAACUCGAUUAAAGUGGCUGAACUAUUGGUGAAAAAUGGUCUCAAAGAGGCUUAUGCUAUCCGAGGUGGGAUAAGAGGCAAGAAAGGAUGGCAGGAGAUCCAAGAAACCCUUCUCCCUCCAUCUGUUCAUAUUUAUCCCAAGAAGAAGGAUAAAGGGUUGCAACCACAAGGCAGCAAUAAUGGGGUGAUUCAAGCAAAUGAAAGUAAUAGUCAAUCUCCAUCUGCUAUAGGUGUGACCCAAGUUGAGCAGAUAAGCAAUGGUCCCGUUAAGCACUCUGCUGACUCACUCUCAGCAAUAAAAUGUGGUCCUAGGUCAUCAUCCCCAUAUCCAAAUUAUCCAAAUUUGAAGCCCCCAUCGUCCCCUUCUCCUUCAAAGCCUCAAAAUUGAUGGUAGUUGCAUGUCGUUCCUUUGAUGCCUCCUAUCUCAUCGAUCAUGUGAAUGGUGUAAUAUUAGCCAUGUCUCAACUGCAGCUUGACAUCAAUAUGUUUCUGAAGAGAGUAUGACUGACACACACUGAAAAACCAAAGCAAAUGAUGUCUGCUUUGAUUUUUCCUUGAUCCACCAUGGAAUGCAGAAUAACUUCUAUAGUCCAGUUUUGGGCAUUGCUAAACUUUUCACUUUUAGUGUAUGUGUUGAACAAGAAUUUUUAGCUAGCUCUUUUGUAGCAAGCUCUGUUACCAAAUCACUGCCUAUUAAGUCUCUGAAAUGUCCUUUUCCCACCCA